AUGGCCGUUUAUGAUGGAACCUCUGAUAAUGAGUUCAACGCAUCCGGCAUACGCAGUGUCGCCGUAAUCGGUGCUGGCCCAAGCGGACUUCCUGCAGCGCGUCACUUGAAGGAAUCCGGCUUGGACGUGGUCGUGUUCGAACAGGCCGACACAGCGGGCGGAAUAUGGCGCUAUACCUCAGACGAAUCGCACGAGGAAUGGCCCCGCACUGAACAAUUUGUCGUGGACAACGCGAAAGCCCAAACCACGAAGCUGCGGCAUUCGCCUCCUACGCCGACGUACGAGCGGCUACAGAACAAUGUGCCUCUGCCAACUAUGGGAUUUCAAGACUAUCCUUGGACCCAAGAUGGCCCUUGGUACGCAAAUCAGUCCGUGAUAGGCGACUUUGUCCGGAGCUAUGCUCGCCGCUUCAACCUGGAGGAGCUUGUGCAAUAUAACACAAGGGUGGAAAGGGUCAAGGAAGUCACACAAGGCGAACUCCGAAAAGGAUGGGAGGUCAUCACUAAGACCUUGACCACCGUCGUUCGCGAGGAUGGCUGGCAAGAAGCGGCAUUCACCUGGAAUAGACACCAUUUUGACGCGGUCGUCGUUGCGUCUGGUCACUAUGCCGAGCCGCAUAUCCCUGCCUUUGAAGGUUUGAGGGAAUGGGCGACAGCGUAUCCGGAGAGCAUAUGGCAUGCCAAAGACUAUCGCCACCCUUCUCAAUUUGCCAGCGCCCAGAGUGUUUUGGUCAUUGGAGCCAAUGCAUCCGGGAUUGAUAUCGCCAGGGAACUGGGAGGCAGCGUACCGGCCCUCAUUCAUGUCAUCAGGGACUUCGCUCCGGAGGUACCCCAGCAAGAGAGAGAUGUCAGGGAAGCCUUCCGCGCUGGCUUACCGGCGUCCAAUAUCAGGAAGAACGGCGUUACCCGCUUCAUCGUUGCGGACGAACAUGGUCGACCUGGUAUCGUGGAGUUCCUUGAUGGAUCCGUCUUGGAGGUGGACACAGUGAUCUUCGCCACUGGUUACCACUUCUCCUACCCGUUUUUAUCGCAUCUUGAGCGUCCUGGGGACACCUCAUCGCCCUCGCCGGAGAACGUGAUCGUCACGCGAGGAGAUGCGACUCUGAACCUCCACCGCGAUAUCUUCUACAUCCCGAACCCCUCGUUAGCGUUCUUAGGCGUUCCCUUGAACACGGCGACGUUUUCCUUUCACGAAUACUCCGCGAUCGCCAUCGCUCGCGUGUUCGCCGGAUACGCCGAGCUCCCCUCCCGCGCAGAAAUGCGGGAUAUCUACCUGAAGCGGAUCGCGGUCACGGGCGAGGGACGGAGGAUGCACACCCUCGGCGGUCCGGGGGAGAUCGCUGUGGUCGCGGAACUGGUCGCAUGGCUAAACGGCGAAGCGAAGCGAUUGGGCAAAGAGCAAGAAGUCCGAGAGGUAGUCGGGCACAGCAAAGAGUGGCUGGAGGUGACGAGGAACCGUAUAGAGGGUAUCAAAGCCAGAGACGGUCUUCCGAGUCGGGUCGUUCUUGAUGCGGAGGCGAGGCUGAUAAGAGAGGCUAGUUCAUUAUUGUAG